CAUUGUUGCACGUACAUUGGAGCGUGGAGGCAGACAAUAAUGCAAGCUGUGCAUGCAGGUCAAUCCACAAAAGUACAAAGUGCGUGCAACAAUGUACCCAAUGCAACAACCUUGGCCGUCGAUGAGCUAGCAGAGGGCGCGCACAGCAGUACCGCCAAGAAUCUGCUAAUAAGCAGGACGAAGCGUCGAGGUGAGUCCAAGACGACGAAGAAGAAAGGCGGCGUCAUCAUGGAGGUGCAUGUCGCGGUGGUGUGCUCCGUAGUGGGCUUCCUCGGCUUCGUUGUCCUCAUCCUCGGAGUCGCCGGAGAGGCCGCCACGGCGAAGGCCCUCGCCGGGACCUCGUAUGAUAUCUACGGAACUACAAAAUGCCAGUACCGGGCUACGGCAGCGCUGGGCUGUGGCAUCGUCGCGGCGCUGCUGGUGAUUACGGCUCAGGUCGGGGUCACCGCCGCUGGCCUCUGCUGCGGGUGCUGCCAGACAUGGGAGGUACCAAAGCAGGCAAGGCGCAUCGUUGGCAUGGUCCUCGCCGCCGUCUCAUGGAUCACUGUGAUUCUAGUGGUGGCACUGUUUAUCGCGGGCGCGGCGCUUAACGCGGAUCAAGAGAGACAGCCCAACGCCGACGGUGAAUGCUACGUCGACCCAGGCAGCCCACUGUUCGCGGCUGCGACAGUCCUGUCUGUCGCCGCCACAGUCAUGCAGAUCGCGUCCUACAUCCUGCUCCAGGUCACCACGCCCACAGCAAGGUCCACCAAGCCUGAGCUCGCGACGCAGCAGCCGGAGUUAGCCAUGGCGCAGCCGGCGGUACAGCCGGCGCCGCAGCAGAAUGCAGAGGAGGUGGUCGCAGUCGAUGGCCAGCCGCCGCCUUCAGCUCCUGCAGUGUCGUCACAUGCCACAGAACCUGCAUCCCAAGUUUAAAUUUUGGACCAUAUGAAAGGACGUUUAAUUUGCUUCAGGCGUUAAUUCAUAAUAACAUCGCGGUGCCAACUUUUACAUUUUGUGCGAUUUGGUUUGUUUCUUCAAAAUCAGUCCGGAUCUAUGUAUGGUGUUCGAUAUAGGAUACUACUUUGGUGUUCGGAUCUUAUAAUAAAUGUUAUUCCCUGC